CACUCCUUUUACCUCUGCACUCUCUCCUCCUCAUUCCUUCAUUAUUCCUCAUGUCGCUUCUUCGUUGAUAAAAUUCGUACCCUUUUCCUACCCUGCUUUCUUCUGGGGUUUCGUUUCUUGUUCUUUGAAAAUCCGUCUCUGUUUCCCAUUCCUCUGUUUCUCUCUGUUUUCUCCCCUUGGGGCCUUUCUUCAAUCCCAGGGAAUGAUCAGGGUACUGUUUGAUAACCACAAAUUUGGUACUUUGUUGUUCACCAAAUCGUUUUAGUCUCUCUCUUUCUGCUUGUAACUGAUUUCUUGGGAAAAAUUGGUUGAUGGGUAUGAUGGAUAUCAGAGAAAAGAAAUCGGCGAUUGAAGAAGUGACUGAGAACAAGAAGUGCUGUACUGACUGCAAGACCACGAAAACCCCCUUGUGGAGAGGUGGUCCAGCCGGACCUAAGUCUCUGUGCAAUGCGUGUGGCAUCAGGUACCGAAAGAAAAGAAGAGCAAUAGCCAGCCUGAACAAAACACCGGAGAAGAAGAAAGAGAAGACACAAUCACAGAGCAUCACAACUGGUCCUUCUGCAGAUACCCCAAAAACCCAUCAUGAAAAACGGUUGAGCGAGUCUGUGAAGGUGAGGCUAUUGUUUUUGGGCAGUGAAGUUUUACUCCACAAUUCAUCAUCAUCUCCAUCAGUGACAGUGAAGAAGCAGAGGUGCCAGAGGAGGAGGAAGUUGGGGGAGGAAGAACAGGCAGCUUUUUCUUUGAUGGCGUUGUCUUGCGGCGGUCCUGUUUUUGCUUGAAGGAAAAAAAAAAAUGGAAGAAAGACGACAACAACAGUUGUCUUUUUCUGUGUUUUGUGUUUUUUUUUCCAUUUUCAAUGAAAUAUGGAGGAGAAUAGUCAGAAUACCUUUGUUGUCUGUGUUUUCUUCAUCAAAAGGAGAGAAGAUGAGUAUGCAUUUUGGCCAAGGGCUGAGAGGCUCUCUUCUUGUUUUGAGAAUUGGGGUUAUGCCCCCAAAUCAAUAUUGUACAAAAUA